CUGCUGCUGAGACUGAGGGCCGAGGAGCGAGUCACCCGGCAACGAUUAACAGUUGAGGUACUGAUCGAAUUCUGCUCUUCUUCAAUGAGGAACUACAGGCUGAUCUUCUGCCAUAACCUCAAGCAACCAUAAAUGACAAAAGAAUGCUUGGUCAGUAAGGGUAGCUGGCGUAGAAAAUAUUUUAUAAACAUAGGUGUUUAAGUGCUCUGAGAAAGACAGCUUUGGUAUUGGGCUGCAUAAAGAUAUGAGGAAGAGCUCCUCCCCUUCCUUGAGUAACUGCAACUCCGUUCUCGCUAACAAAAUAUUUGGAAUUCCACUUGAUGAACUGCAGCAGGAAGGACAGCCAGGCAAUGAAGUUCCAUUCAUAGUUCGCCAUGUUGUGGAAUAUAUUGAGGAACAUGGAGGUCUAGAGCAAGAAGGACUUUUUCAAGUCAAUGGGAAUGCAGAAACAGUUGAGUGGCUUCGGCAAAGAUAUGAUAACGGAGAAGAUGUGGACCUGGUUAAAGAAGCAGAUGUACCUUCAGCUAUUAGUCUUCUUAGAUUUUUUCUUCAAGCACUUCCAGAACCAGUUAUUCCUGGCACUCUACAUAUGCAUUUGAUACAACUUUCUCAAGAUUAUAGUGAAGAUGAAUUUGGGAGAAAGUUGAGGUUCCUCUUGCAGCAGCUGCCACCUCUUAAUUACAGUUUGUUAAAAUUUCUGUGUAGAUUUUUAGCUAAUGUAGCAUCACAUCAUGAAGAGACUUGGUCUGCAAGUUCUUUGGCUGCAGUUUUUGGUCCUGAUGUCUUUCACGUUUACACAGAUGUGGAGGAUUUGAGAGAGCAAGAACUAGUUAGCAGAGUUAUGGUGGGACUGUUAGAGAAUUAUGAUGAACUCUUUGAAAAUGAAGAGGAGGAUUUCUCUUCUAAUGAUUUAAGUUCAAUUACUGAGCAGAUAAAUGAUCUAUUGGAUGAUGAUGUAAAGCUUGACCAGCCAGAAAUGCCAGAAGAAGAAGAAAAUAUGGAAGACCCAGAAUAUAAGCAAGAUAUAGAGCCUCGAGAUAUGAUGGAGAGCAUCUUGGAGUCAUGCAGCGUUGCAGCUUCAACAAGUGCUCAUCUCUCCCCCUUAAGCAUCUUGCCAGCUUCUGCAGACAUCUUGGAAAGAACAAUUAGAGCAGCUGUAGAACAACACCUCUUUGAUCUGCAGAGCAGCAUAGAUCAAGAUCUCAAGAAUUUACAGCACAGAAGGGUGUGUCAUGAAGCAAAUAUUGAGGGAGAUGAAGAAGGAUCUAACAACCAUAGGAGUCAUACAGAAAAGAAUGUUACUAAAGAUGGUGAGAAUUUUGGAGACUGCUCUGAAACAGUGGAUUGCACUAAUUUAGAUAAUGAAGUUCUACAGCCUGAUUCUGUAUUUGAAGAAGAAGACAAUAAUCAGGUAGCAGGCAUAUUGUUGAAGCCAUGUAAUGGAGGAGGAGAAGCCGAAGGGUCUCUUGGAGAUACGCAAGAUUGUGCAUCAUUCGAUGAUGGCGACAAAAUGACUUCACAUGUGGUUCUGGGUUUUGAUAGCAAGAUUUGUGAUCCAAAUGCCUAUACUGAAUCAGGAGAACUGAAAAACAGAAAUAACAAUGCUCCAGAAGCAACACUGUAUGUCCCUGUGCCACAUCUAGAUUUGAAGAAUGUGAAUGAUGGUGACAAUUGGGAAGCGCCAUGCCCUAUCACUUUUCCCCUCAUUGAUUUCAAAACAAUGCAUCUACAGAGAGAAGGGGAGGAGCCGUUUCCUGCUUUUAAAUCUUGGCAGGAAGACAGUGACUCUGGAGAAGCUCAGCUUUCUCCACAAGCUGGAAGAAUGAAUCAUCCUUUGGAAGAGGACAAUCAUCCAGUAUUGUCACAUCGGAGUCUGGAUUUUGGGCAAAGCCAGCGUUUUCUACAUGAUCCAGAAAAAAUAGAUGCAUCUAAAGCACUUUCAUUUGUUAGAACUCGAAGAGCGUCAUUUAGUAGCUCUAAGGAUGACAGAAGGGAAGACAAGACUCCUUAUCAGCUAGUGAAAAAGUUGCAGAAAAAAAUCAGGCAAUUUGAGGAACAGUUUGAAAAAGACAAAAACUUUAAGCCCUCAUAUACUGAUAUCGCAGCAAAUCCAAAGGUUUUAAAGUGGAUGACAGAGCUUACCAAAUUGAAAAAGCAAAUAAAAGAUGCAAAGCACAAAAGCUCAGAUGGAGAAUUCAUACCUCAGUCACGGCCACGAAGCAACACACUUCCAAAAAGCUUUGGCUCCUCUCUGGACCAUGAAGAUGAAGAAAACGAAGAUAAUCAGCAGGUUGCUCAGAAAGAGAAGAAACCUACCAAGGAGGCCACAGUUGAGCUCAUUUUAAAAAGACUGAAGGAAAAACGAAUUGAAAGAUGCCUACCAGAUGAUAUAAAAACAAUGACAAAGGACAAUCUGGCGGAAGAAAAAACUUCACUCCAAAAAAGUCUCCUGUACUAUGAAAGCCAGCAUGGGCGACCGGUUUCCAGAGAAGAAAGGCAUGCUGUUAAACCCCUCUAUGACAGAUACAGGCUUGUGAAACAAAUGUUGACUCGAGCAAGCAUUACUCCCAUCCUUGGAUCACCAUCAACCAAGAGACGCAGCCAAAUGUUACAACCUAUCAUAGAAGGAGAAACAGCCCACUUUUUUGAAGAAAUUAAGGAAGAGGAAGAAGAUGGUGAUCUGUCAUCAGAACUGACUGAUCUCCUGAAAUCUAGUGCCCAGAUGCAGUCUGUUAAUACUAGCCCAGUUGAAAACUCAGAAUCUGAUGUUGAAGAAAGUCAAGAGAAAUUGACUCGAGAGCUUCGCCUGUCUAGUACCCGUGCAGCUUCCAUGCCUGAAUUAUUGGAACAACUUUGGAAAGCCAGAGCUGAGAAAAAGAAAUUGCGCAAAACACUACGGGAAUUUGAAGAGGGAUUUUAUCAGCAAAAUGGAAGGAAUGUUCAGAAAGAAGAUCGGGCUCCCAUGCUUGAUGAGUACAGAGAGUACAAGAAAGUUAAGGCCAAACUUCGGCUUCUUGAAGUUCUCAUCAGCAAACAAGAUUCUUCAAAGUCAAUAUAAGUUAUGUUUCUUCAUAACACUGAAAGGUUGUUUUCAUAUGCUGUCAUAGUACUUGUUAGGUGUUUGCUUUGUCUUGUGCAGUUGAAAGAAUGCCGUUUUUGUACACUUCAUUAUGGUGCCACAUUUGAAAGGCAAGUAGGUCCUAUCUAGAGAGCUAAUGAAAAUCUUACCAAUUCGAGACAGUCCAACUUUAGCAAACACAGUUUUCUUCUCUUUUUUUAUUAUUACAUGUGAAUCUUGUUCCCAAAAGACUGUAGAACAAUAACCGUUCAAAAACUCUGGACCUGCUAUCUUCGUUUUGUCUGCAUUUCUUAGUGUAACACAGAAACUACUCAAUUGCCUUUUUCUUAUGGGGAACAAUGGCAGCAAAUUAAGAACACGACUGUGUUCUUGGGCACCAAAACUGAACUGAGAUGCCUUUCAGAGGAUAGCCAUGGAAUAACGUUGUUUGGUUUCAAAUGACAUCUGUCAUGUAAUAGAAUGGUUUAUGGCCUGUGGAAAUUGCAACUUAAAACUCCCAUUUGCUCUUCAAUUUCAGAUUACAAUGGACAAACCAGAAAGUGACCUUGCUUGUUGUAUUUUAAAAACUUGGAAAACUGAAUAUUUAUAUCACAUAUUGCCUACAAGACUUGCAUAACUGUUAACGUAUCAGUUAAUCAGCUAAUGGUGACCUAGCGUGUGGUCUGAAUUGGAUCCUGCAUCGUAUCCUUGAUGGGGAGAAUGUGAUGGUGCUGUACAGCUUCAGCAGGCCUGUGUUAAUUAUCUAACUCUGCUGUAUCUGAAAUAAGUGUAUUUUAUCAAGGGCUACAACCAAUAUAGUUAACGUGAUGGUCUUAAGAUGGAGUCAGCUUUGAAGGGAGCCUUUCUGCUAUGUCACUGUUCGAGAAAUGGAAAGCAAAGUGAUUUAACCUUUGGUAUUAAGCAGGUAUCAUAUGAUUCUUGCAUGAUACAGCUUCAGAACUGAAACAUUUUUUGGUAAUGUUUACCUUGUCUAAUGUUGAUGACACAACAGCCUUUAAUGUUUUUCUUUUCAAAUAUGGCAA